AUGACUCUUAAGGAGGUUGAAUAUGUAAAUCUAAAUUUAACGGAACAAAAUUUCAUGGAUGAUGAUGAAUAUGUAGGUUUUGCUACUCUACCAGAUCAAGUACAUAGAAAAGCUGUGAAAAGAGGAUUUGAUUUUACUCUUAUGGUUGUUGGUGAAUCAGGUUUAGGAAAGUCCACAUUAAUUAAUAGUUUAUUUUUAACUGAAUUAUAUGGUGAAAGAGAGGUAGGAUCUGUUACAGAUCGAUUAGAAAAGACAGUAGAAAUAGAAAAGAAACAGUUAGAAAUUGAAGAGAAAGGUGUAAGAUUAAGAUUAACUAUAGUUGAUACACCAGGUUAUAAUGAUGCUAUUAAUGGAGAUACGGGAGUAAAAUCUAUUGUGGAGUAUGUUGAUAAACAAUUUGAACAGUAUUAUACUGAUGAAACUAGUAUCAAUAGAAGACAUAUAGUAGAUAACAGAGUACACUGUUGUUUAUAUUUCAUCUCACCUUAUGGUCAUGGGUUAAAACCUAUAGAUAUAUUUAUGAUGAAACAAUUACAUCAUAAACUAAACAUAGUACCAAUUAUAGCUAAAUCAGACAUUCUUACUAAACCUGAAGUUAAUAGAUUAAAACAGAAGAUUCUAGAUGAAAUAGAUCAUCAUUCUAUACAGAUCUAUGAAUUCCCAGAUUGUGAUAGUGAUGAAGAUGAAGAUUUCAAACAACAAGAUGAUUUAUUAAAGGCAGCUGUACCAUUUGCUGUAGUGGGUUGUAAUACAGUGGUAGAAGCAGGUGGUAAAAAAAUCAGAGGUAGAGCUUAUCCUUGGGGCAUUGUCGAAAUUGAUAAUCCUAGUCAUUGUGAUUUUGUAAGAUUACGACAAAUGUUAAUUAGUACCCAUAUGCAAGAUUUAAAAGAUGUGACGUCUGAUAUACAUUAUGAAAAUUAUAGAGCAGAACAUAUUCAAAAUCAAAUUGGUACUACUCAAAGAGAAAGAACUAAAUUAAAGAGAGAUUCUAUGAUAGAUGGAACUGGUGAAGCCACAGAAAAAUUAUUACAGCAGAAAGAAGCUGAGAUUCAAAGAAUGCAGGCAAUGUUAGCAAAAAUGCAGCAGCAACUAGGGCAUAAAGAUAGUGUAACAAAACCAAUGAAUGGUUUAGCUAAAACAGAGUCAGUAGUUUAACCUAAAAGAUGAAAAAGGAAAAUGCCAACAGAAGAAUAAACCAGGAACAAAAUCAAAGGAAAAUGUCAUAGGAAAUAAAUCAAUAAGAACAGAAUAUGAAUUUGAUUUUCAAAUCAAAAGAAAACAAAAAAUCCUGAGAUACACUGCCUACCAACUAAAAAUUACAUUUUACAAAUUUGAUGUAGUGGUAAAUUAACCAUGGUAAAUUUUGGAGAUUCUGGCAGUUGAUUGAGGUUGAUUGAUCAAAGUAAACAAAUUUGAAUCAGUGAUUUUGCCCAGAGUGUAAGUGAAGUCAAAAUUUGACAAAAGUAUCUAAGGAUAAAUUGGUUUUAGCCUAUGACUUUUUGAUUUUGAUUUUUGUUCUGUUUUGUUCUUUUGUUGAUUUUUUUCCUUUGAUUUUUUAACAACGUAUUUUGGAAUUGUAAAUAUUUAUGUACAUCAUAUUUUAUUUUUAUAUUUUCAUCAUUUUCUUAAAAAUCAUUUUGUCUUGUUAGAUGUUGUCAUUUUUAAGACAUUUGUGUCCUUCUUAGCCUCUGAUAUAUAAUUUUGAUAGAUGGUGUCAUCAAACUUAUACAUCAUAGGCUAUACAAGUGUCAAAAAACUUCAAAUUACAGGUCAUUGCAUUUAAGGAAAAAUUUCAGAUUUCAAAUUCAGAGAUUUAAGAUUUUGGAGGUGAAAAGGAUAUUUCAAAGUUUACAACAUUCCUAGGGGUAUUGCAAACACAAGAUCAUUUGACAACUCCACUAUAAAUUUCCUUAUUUUAGCUGCAUUCUCCAUAUGCUUUUGAAUUGAAUCAAAAUUGAAAUUGAGAUUUCUUCAUUUUCUUUAUUCAGUUAUUCUAGUAAGAUAUGUGACUUUCAUUUAAAAUUCUUCUGUUACCUUGUUAAGCAUAUGGACUCUUCUGUACAUGCAUUUUAAUGUGGGGGUAAGAUCUAAAUGGAACAGUUCAUUUGUGAUUACAGGGUUUUUUCAUUUGACCCAAUGAUUAAGCACCAGUGUUAUUUGUGCUGCACAGUACAAUGUAUUUGUGUUUGUAGUGUCUAUGUCUGUACUAGAUAUUAUUUGUUAGUUAAGGAUUCAUUUCUAUGGUAUAAAUAAAAUAUAUCACUUUAUAAAAACGAUUUUUACCAAAA